CCCGCCCACACUCCCCGCUCUGCAGGCUGCUGGGAUCAGUUCUGUUGGGUUUUUUUGCGCCACAGCUUCUGAAUUCAACCUCUCUACCUCAACAUGUCACUGCUAACCCAUGCUGUGUUCCUCCUGUAGGAGCUAAACCUGUUAGACCCUCCUUUGGUGAAGUGCUAGCUUACCUGUAAGGAGCAGCAGGUGUUCGUCCAUUCCAGCAGUUCCCCAAGGCCCACAUUCCCUGUUGACCUCCUCACCUCCACCCUGCACCGCUAUGUUAGGCGACAUUCUGCAGCAGCUCAGCACCUUGACACUGAACAUCAAGCAAGUAUGCAGACUGCCCCGCCUCUCUGACACUAUCCCUUCCUCCCUCCCAUCGCCCAGCCCCACCGUCUCAGCCUCUCUGGUCCCCAGCCUCUUCCGAGAGCCCUACAUCCUGUCAGGUUACCGUCCCAUCCACCAGGACUGGCGCUGCUACCUCCUUAGCCUCUUCCAGAGACACAAUGAAUCCCUGAACGUUUGGACUCACUUGUUGGCGGGGCCUGUGCUGCUGCUCCGCUGGUGGGUCAACGUAGGUGCCCUGGGGUACACCUUUAAUGCAGCUUCUCUACCUCUCACGGUCUUUCUGGUAUCCUCCCUCACGUAUCUGUUCUUCAGUGUAGUCGCUCAUCUCUUGCAGUCCCGCUCUGAGCAUGCACACUAUUUUUUCUUCUGCCUGGACUACGUGGGUGUUGCUGUGUAUCAGUACGGCUGCUCACUGGGCCAUUAUUUCUACACAUCAGAGCCAGCGUGGAGAGAAAGCUGCAUUGGAUUGCUGUUUUUACCUGGAGCUUUGUUCUUUGGGUGGCUCUCCUGUGCAGGCUGCUGUUUCGCCAAGUCAAGAUAUCGUCGGCCAUAUCCGGUAGAACGCAAAAUCUGUCAGCUUAUCCCCACCACCUUAGCGUACCUGCUGGACAUCAGCCCUGUAGUCCAUCGCCUCUUCACGGCCGCAUGGGUGCAGGAUCCUGGGCUGCCCUUCCACGCCCUCCAGAUUGCCUCUUUCCUGCUGUCUGCCAUCUUUUUCUCCUGUCCCGUCCCUGAGCGUUUCUUCCCAGGCCACUGUGACUUUGUGGGUCAGGGUCACCAGAUCUUCCAUCUGUUUCUGUCCCUGUGCACCCUUUUCCAGCUGGAGGCUCUGUUCCAGGACUACACCAGGCAGAGAGACACAGUGGUGGAAGUGUUUGGAGAGAGGCAGCUGUGGUGGGCUUGUGGAUCCAUCAUAUUUCUGUUUCUGUGUUGUGUCUUGACUGCCCUUUUCACUAUGAAGCACAUAAACAAGACACUGCAUGGUAAAAAAGAGAGGGAUUAAUGACAAAUCAUGCAGGUGGAUGUGUUAACCUUAAGAAGGGGAGGGGUUCUGGUUAAAAUAAACCAAAUAAAACCAAAAUCUGUAAUCAAGAUAAAAUAAAAUAUGUUUUUGUACAACCGUUCUCUUAAA